ACGAGGAAUGUGUAGCAGCAUUCAAACCAAUUUGUCUCACCGAAACUGUCUCAGCUAUCUCUGUAAAUGUCCUGCAACUCCGUUUCGGAACUUAUUCAUUUAUUUUCUUUGGAUAUCGUAUUAGCGGCGGAUAUUUCUUAGGCUGCUGCUGUAGGCAACAGUUAUUCUAACAUGCAAGUGUUUACUUGCGGAUCAACAAAGCGACUUUAAUAUUUGAGUCCGUAUCGUGCGUGUGGAAGAAGGUUUUAUUUUCUGAAACGACAGAGAACAUGCCUGAUUCACCGAUGAUGAGCAAGAACGGGAUGGUGACCAAAAUCCAUACGAGAAUAAGAACCGAUCCCUUCACAGCCAAUUAUGAUUUAGGCAAAGAACUGGGCAGGGGAAAGUUUGCGGUGGUGAAGAAGUGCGUGGAGAAGGCGACCGGGAAGGAGCACGCGGCCAAGUUCCUGCGGAAGCGGCGCAAGGGUCAGGACUGCCGCGCCGACGUCCUGAACGAGAUCGCCGUGCUGGAGUCGGCCCGGGCCAACCCCUACGUGGUGGCCCUGCACGAGGUCUACGAAACCCCCACGGAGAUCAUCCUGGUGCUAGAGUGUGCGGCUGGGGGGGAGAUCUUCCACCAGUGCGUGGCCGACAACGACGAGGCCUUCACGGAGAAGGAUGUGGUCCGACUCGCCAGGCAGAUCCUGACGGGCGUGGCCUGUCUCCACCGGAGCAACGUGGUCCACCUGGAUCUCAAACCUCAGAACAUCCUGCUGACCAGCGCGCAGCCCCUGGGAGACAUCCGCAUCGUGGACUUCGGGUUGUCCCGGUGCGUGGACAACGUGUCAGAGAUCCGGGAGAUUCUGGGAACCCCCGAAUAUGUCGCUCCCGAGAUCCUCAACUAUGAGCCAAUCAGCACUGCGACAGACAUGUGGAGCAUCGGCGUGCUGACCUACGUCAUGCUGACGGGCGAGUCCCCGUUCGUGGGAGACAACAAGCAGGAGACCUUCCUCAACAUCUCCCAGGUCAGCGUGGACUACUCCCAGGACGUGUUCGACGGCGUCUCCGUGCCCGCCGUCGACUUCAUCCGGUCCCUGCUGGUGAAGAACCCACGGAAGCGGCCCACCGCCGAGGAAUGCCUCAACCACCCCUGGCUGCUGCUCCUGCCCUCGCCGCACAGCCCCGCCCCCCACUCCCACGUCCUCCACCGCCAUGCGAGCACCACCACCACCACCACCACCACCACCACCAGCGGCAGCAGCACCACCACCAGCACCAACAGCGGCAGCCGGCACGACUUCCUGGACGAGCCCGAGACCAGCCAGUCCGAGUCGGAACCCGAGAGCCCCGCUUGUCCCGAGUCGCCCGAGGGCCUCGGCCCCUUCCUCCCCUGCCGCCCCGGCCAGGGCGACCUCAAGGCGGGGCGCAACGCCUUCCCCUUCCCCUCCUGCGACACGCCCUUCUCCACGCGGCCGGACCUCCAGCACGAGCUCAUCUGCUGAGGGUGGAGGAGGUUGGAGAUGGAUGGACUCUCUUGGUGGAGCGUUGGGGACGUUUUGAGGCGUGUUGUGGUCUUGGAUGGUCCUGAUGGCGUUGGAAUGGCUGGCCUGUGCCUUUUUUAUGCUGCUGCUGCUGCUGCUGCUACUGCUGUGACUUGAGCGUGCACGCGCGUGUGUUUUGUGUAUGCGCGUGUUGUCAAGGCCGUCGAUGCAUGCUUCUGUGUCUGUGAUGGAUGCGAAUUAACGGGGAUGAAUCAAAUUAAGGCAUUGUUGACGAUGAAGAGACGGAGAAGACUUUGUGGAGGUGGGGGGGGGAUUGGAGGGAGUGUUAUACUGUGGACCGUUUGCCCACACUGGGAGGGUGCGAGGGUGGGAAAGAGACCACAGACCUGGACUAUAACGGGAUAACUGUUUUGGUUGGUAGCCCCCAAACCCUAAGCUUUCUGGUUCCUGGCGUCGUCUGAAAAAACGAAACAAAAAAAACCCAAAAUGCUUUCAUAGGAAAGAUUGUUUCUUUGGGGGUUGUUUCUGUGUCUUUGCUCAGCAAGUGCUUUCACCCCAAAAUGACUUGGCUUCUUCAGUCAUGGGGUUGAAUCCCGGGCAAGCCUCACUCCCCCCACAAUGCCUUUCUGAUGCGGUGAUGAUGAAGGUAACCCAGGGUGCCGAACAGACGUCUGUGAGACGCAGCCAAAGAAUGAACUGGGAGAGCGAGAGACAGACGGAGAGAGAGAGAGAGAGAGAGAGAGAGCGCCUAAGCAGACAACCACUGUCCCCCGUCAUUUUAUGUGUUUUAUUUAUCUUUGUGUUUUUUUUGUUCAAGAAUUAUUCCUUUUUAUUUCCUGUUUUGGAAAUUCAACACACACGUUUGGCAAAGGUCUUUGCUAUGGACUAUUAAGAGCACUUCUGUACGGAGACACCAAAGGUUAAAAGUAGUUAAACACCCACUGAACUCACGUUAACCACUUUAGGUAAUUUGGUGACACAAGAUUUUUUCUUAAUGGUGCCGCUUUAAAGGAUACACAUUGUUGUAUAUUUGUUGGUUUGUAUGUUUAUUUUUUUGUUUGCUCUUGCACAAGUUGCACAAAUUUGUUAAAAUAAUAAGAGGUGUCCAUUUUGUAAACGCCACUAUAAAGUAAAGGGGUGAAAAGAUAAUGAUUAUUAAUAUUAUUUUGUGAUGUGUAUGUCCACUGAAGGGUUUGGAGUGUUUCCUGAAAGUAAAAGUACUGAACUGUAUAUUGUGUUUAAUUAUUCUGUAGAAUAUUCUUUGCUGUUUUAUUUUAUUUUAUGGUAUGAAUGUAAAAACAUUUAAUAUUUUUGUUUUUGUAACACCAUGUUAUCCAUGAAUCCCAUUCCCGGUGUCUUUUUCUGGCAGGUUUGCACAAAUAAGAAAAUGAAUAAAUGCAACAGCAUGUAUUACAAGAUGCAUCGAAAUAAAUAAAUGUACAUUUUGUAUCAGAA